GCUGCGCCGGCUCUGGCUCAGCGGCGGCUCCAGUGGCAGCGGCGGUGGCAGCUAGGCGGGCUCGGCGGCUCCUGUCCCUCGGGCGGCUGCCCGCUCGCUGCCCGGGGCGCCCGGACACACGUGGGCGGCUCGGCGAUGGCCCGCGCCCCGCGACGUGGCGGGCAGGCACCGGGGCGCGGGACCGCUCGGCCCGAGUGAGCCGGGGCCGCGCUCCCGCCCUCGGCCCGGGCCGCCCGGGAUGGCCGUGGCGCCGCUGCGGGGGGCGCUGCUGCUGUGGCAGCUGCUGGCGGCGGGCGGCGCGGCGCUGGAGAUCGGCCGCUUCGACCCGGAGCGCGGGCGCGGAGCUGCGCCGUGCCAGGCGGUGGAGAUCCCCAUGUGCCGCGGCAUCGGCUACAACCUGACCCGCAUGCCCAACCUGCUGGGCCACACGUCGCAGGGCGAGGCGGCCGCCGAGCUGGCGGAGUUCGCGCCGCUGGUGCAGUACGGCUGCCACAGCCACCUGCGCUUCUUCCUGUGCUCGCUCUACGCGCCCAUGUGCACCGACCAGGUCUCGACGCCCAUUCCCGCCUGCCGGCCCAUGUGCGAGCAGGCGCGCCUGCGCUGCGCGCCCAUCAUGGAGCAGUUCAACUUCGGCUGGCCGGACUCGCUCGACUGCGCCCGGCUGCCCACGCGCAACGACCCGCACGCGCUGUGCAUGGAGGCGCCCGAGAACGCCACGGCCGGCCCCGCGGAGCCCCACAAGGGCCUGGGCAUGCUGCCCGUGGCGCCGCGGCCCGCGCGCCCUCCCGGAGACCUGGGCCCGGGCGCGGGCGGCGGUGGCACCUGCGAGAACCCUGAGAAGUUCCAGUACGUGGAGAAGAGCCGCUCGUGCGCACCCCGCUGCGGGCCCGGCGUCGAGGUGUUCUGGUCCCGGCGCGACAAGGACUUCGCGCUGGUCUGGAUGGCCGUGUGGUCGGCGCUGUGCUUCUUCUCCACCGCCUUCACCGUGCUCACCUUCCUGCUGGAGCCCCACCGCUUCCAGUAUCCCGAGCGCCCCAUCAUCUUCCUCUCCAUGUGCUACAAUGUCUACUCGCUGGCCUUCCUGAUCCGUGCGGUGGCCGGAGCGCAGAGCGUGGCCUGUGACCAGGAGGCGGGCGCGCUCUACGUGAUCCAGGAGGGCCUGGAGAACACGGGGUGCACGCUGGUCUUCUUGCUCCUGUACUACUUCGGCAUGGCCAGCUCGCUCUGGUGGGUGGUCCUGACGCUCACCUGGUUCCUGGCGGCCGGGAAGAAAUGGGGCCACGAGGCCAUCGAGGCCCACGGCAGCUACUUCCACAUGGCUGCCUGGGGCCUGCCCGCGCUCAAGACCAUCGUCAUCCUGACCCUGCGCAAGGUGGCAGGGGAUGAGCUGACCGGGCUCUGCUACGUGGCCAGCACGGAUGCGGCGGCGCUCACGGGCUUCGUGCUGGUGCCCCUCUCCGGCUACCUGGUGCUGGGCAGUAGUUUCCUCCUGACCGGCUUCGUGGCCCUCUUCCACAUCCGCAAGAUCAUGAAGACGGGCGGCACCAACACAGAGAAGCUGGAGAAGCUCAUGGUAAAGAUCGGAGUCUUCUCCAUCCUCUACACGGUGCCUGCCACCUGUGUCAUUGUUUGCUAUGUCUACGAACGCCUCAACAUGGACUUCUGGCGCCUUCGGGCCACAGAGCAACCAUGCGCAGCGGCCGCGGGGCCCGGAGGCCCGAGGGACUGCUCGCUGCCAGGGGGCUCGGUGCCCACCGUGGCGGUCUUCAUGCUCAAAAUCUUCAUGUCACUGGUGGUGGGGAUCACCAGCGGCGUCUGGGUGUGGAGCUCCAAAACUUUCCAGACCUGGCAGAGCCUGUGCUACCGCAAGAUGGCAGCUGGCCGGGCCCGGGCCAAGGCCUGCCGGGUCCCCGGGGGCUACGGCCGUGGCACGCACUGCCACUAUAAGGCUCCCACCGUGGUCUUGCACAUGACUAAGACGGACCCCUCUCUGGAGAACCCCACACACCUCUAGCGACACAGGCCUGGCGCAGGGUGGUUGCUGCCCCCUCCUCGCCCUCCACGCCCUGUCCCCUGCACCCACUAGAGACAGCUGACUAGCAGCUGCCCAGCUGUCAAGGUCAGGCAAGUGAGCACCAGGGGCUGAGAACCAGGGCCGGGACCCCGUGAGGCUCAUUAGGGGAGAUGGGGGUCCCUAAUACAGGGGCUGGACCAGCCCGAGUCCCCACAGGGUCCUAGGGGAGGAUGUGGAGAGGAGGGGGCAGAAGGGUCCAGCCGAAGUUUAUUUAAUGAUGUAAUUUAUUGUUGCGUUCCUCUGGAAGCUGUGACUGGAAUAAACCCCCGCGCGGCA